AUGCCGAAAUUGAAAAAGGAAUUAAUAACCAACGUAAAGUCACGUUACGAUAGUUUUCAGAAGAGAAGAAAGUGCUUGGAAAAGAAGGCGUUUGAAUUAUCCACUCUUUGCGAUGUUGAAGCCUGCUUGGUAGUUCAUGGUCCAGACCACCACGGUCUGAUUGAUGAUCAGCAACCCCACAUGUGGCCUAAUGAUCUUGAUACAAUCCGGCGUAUGUUCGCCUUGUACAAGCAACAAUCCAAUGAAAAUCGUUGCAAAUUAACCCUCGAUUUAUCUAACUUCUUGAAAGACAACUCGAAGAAGAAGAAGAAGAAAGAGGCUAAUGAAACAACUUCUUCAAUAAUUGUAAAAGUAGAGGACAAGAAAGUUGAUGAGACCACCAAGAAUAUCAAGUUUGUCACUUCGGAUGAUGAGUUUAACAAUCUAUCUAUGGAACAAUUGAGAGAAUAUUGUACCAAGUUGGAAGAAAGGAUUGAAUCCAUCAAAGGUAUGGUUCAAUUCUUGAACUCUAAUUACCAAAACACGGAAGAUAUCUUUCUUGAUACACAAAAAACCCAUUCUAAUUACUUCAUGCCAUUGGAAGAGCAGCCGAUUUCCUUCUUCAGCAAUCUCGAGGUGCCGGAUCAUUACCCAAUUCGAUCUCUCAAUUCCGGAUUCGAUGAUGAACAUAAUGGGCGAUGA